ACUGGUUGCCUUGCGAGUGCAUUCGCAAAACACGCAUGUGUAAGGUGAAAAAGGCAAGAAUGAGUGCUUGAGUGCAAGUGGCACGGAAUCGUGGAUUGGCGCCUCGGUUUCCAGCGUGACGUUGACGACCUUCUUCGGCAGCUCGAUGUUUUUAAAUGAAGGCUCAUCAUCGCCACCGUGAGAAUUUAUCAUAAUCCGUGCAUCAGCAGUCGUAUCGUGUGGUGGUCAGCUGAGUAAACGGAUGGACAACGCAAAACAGCCACACUGACACACCCGUAGUCGCACAACGUACGCAGAAAGCAUAGCCAAACAGCUCGCUUCUGUGCGUCGUAGUAGGCUGCCUGGGCAAACAAAGAGCUCCCAUUGCGUUGCAUUUGGUUGUUGCAUUAGUGCCACGCGUAAAAGAACCAGUCCCGUUGACGUACCGCGAGGUGUGAGAAGGAACUGUGGCCCGUGUGUUUUUGUCCCAGGAAGUGUGCCCGAAGUGUGAGGUGGUGUUUUGCUGAACCUUCACGCGUGACCUGUGAUCAAGUGAAAGCGAACCAUCAAGUGAAGGUAGCUUCUGUUGUCAUCCAGUCCUUGGUUUAAUCCGGCACACGCAUCGGAGGUCUGUGAAGGGCGUCGAAGGUUCGCCUACACGGUGUCUAACCGUAGCGGCUCCGUAAAAUCAUGCUAGGUCGAGUGAGGCUCAAAGAAAGCGGCAUCAUGGACGAGGAGCUCCCAACGCUGUUGGAGACCACCAUCCGCUUCCUCGCGAAGAACAUCCACAUUAUGUGUACCACCGAUCCUGUCACGCACCAGCUGGAGCUGAAGGAGGACGUGGUCAUACCGAACGAAAUCUGCGACAGAUUUCUUCGCUAUCAACAGGAGUGCGGGCAGAACAUCAAUGACUGCUUCAUACGGAUAUUUCGUGACACGGAGCGAACACCUCUGCGCCACGUCAGCCUCCGCAACAGCACCAUCACCAACGAGGGUAUGCGCAUCCUGUUGCGACACCGGUUGAGCUCACUGUCGAUGUGGUACUGCAACAAGAUAACGACCGCCUCCUGGAACAGUCUGAUCGAGCACUGCCGGCAGCUUCGGUCCCUCGAGCUAGGCCGGUUCGUCGAUAUGCUGAAGCACAGUGAGCCGAACGAGAAGACUCCGAUCGACUUUCAGCUACAGCUGCCGCGUCUCCAGCGGCUAAAGCUGAACGGUGUCGUCCUGCAACCCACGAUCCAGUUUAGCCAUCUGUCCGAGCUGAACCACCUCGAUCUAACCGCGUGCAUCUUCGCCGAGUUUAGCCUGAAGGCGCUGGUCGAUCUGCCGGCACUGCGAACCCUGAUCCUCUUCAACGUGUGGCCACUCGAGCACGAGUUUCCCACACUGUGCAAACUGAAGAAUCUCGAAACCCUCGACCUGUCUGUGUCGCGGGCGAACGUCGACGGCAACUAUCUAACACCGAACAAGUUGCUGGCAAAUUUGGUAAAAAACCUACCGAAAUUGCGCCAUCUCGACAUUUCUGGCACCAAUCUGGCCGGUGAUGGCGUGGCGGAACGUGCAGGUUCGUCGACGGGCAGCAGUUCCGACAUCCCGGGCCUCUUGAGUCGCGUCGACCGGCCGCUGGAUUUUCUCGGGCUCUACUACACGUCCCAUUCGGCCUGCAAGUGGCACGACAUUCCAGCGCUUCGUAUUGCUGGUGAAGCGAACGAGCAGCAGGUACUGGUCGCGGCCGUUGCUUACCAGGAUCGGCACGAGCUGCUAACGAAGGUGCUGAACGAUCUGUAUCACCUGUUGCGGUUCGAGACAUGCAAGCAAAUUCACAAGGCACUGGGAGUCGUCCUGUCGGCGAUGGACAAACACAUUCGUGUGAAAAACAUUCAAAUCAGUGGCAGUGCCACGCUGUUUUACAUCGCAAAGGGACGCGAUAAGAUGAAGUUUGGUGUCCCACUGAAGAACCACAUCAUCCACACGCUGCUGAACGGCAUGUCGACGCACCUGACGGACGACACGAUGAUGCGCAAUGGAUGCUUAACGCUCUGCCAGUUCAACAUACCGCAGGACGUGAUGUUCGAAUACGAGCGUUUGGUACAGAUCCUGCUCCAUGGCGUGUCGUACCGCGAGCAGGAAGGUUUCGUGCAGCGCAUCGCCAUCUAUCUGCUCAAUUCGCUCGCCUGCCAGGUUGACGGCAGCCAGAAGAUGUUCCUCGGCGAUUUGGGUGCUAUCUCUACGAUGCUGAACUUGAUCAAUGAUCGACUGUCGCGGCGCGUUUUUGACGACGUCAUGGAGGUGGCCUGGUCGACGAUGUGGAACGUGACCGACGAGACGGCCAAGAACUGUGAACGCUUUCUGGAUGGCCGUGGGAUGGAAUAUUUCCUCGGUUGUCUAAAGCUGUUUCCGGAUCGGGACGAUCUGUUGCGCAACAUGAUGGGACUGCUGGGUAACGUGGCCGAGGUGAAAGAACUGCGGCCCCGCCUGAUGACGAGCGAGUUUAUAACCGAAUUCUCCGAUCUACUCGAUUCGUCUAGCGAUGGCAUUGAGGUUAGCUAUAAUGCAGCUGGCGUGCUGGCACACAUUGCCUCCGAUGGUGACGUUGCGUGGACGAUCACGAAACCGACGCGGCAGAGCGUACUAAUGCGGAUGGUCGAAGCGAUCGAACGGUGGGACUUGUCCGCCGAGCGCAACAUCAACUAUCGCAGUUUUGAGCCAAUCUUGGGUCUGAUCCGCUGCUACCACACUCCCCAGUGUCAGCAUUGGGCCGUUUGGGCUUUAGCGAAUUUAACCAAAGUUUAUCCAAACAAGUACUGCCGAUUGGUGGAGCAGGAGCGCGGUGUCGAGCUGCUGCAGGAGCUGAUCGAUCAUCCGCAGCCAUAUUCACGCCUCAAGGAACUGGCACAGACCGUGCUGACGCACUGUCGCAACCUGAGUGAACCGUCGAGAAGCGUUGGUGGUGCCGGAGGAGAAGCGAUGGGCGCUGAUGAGGCGUCGAACGCAGAAUCGACCGGAAUGGAGCUGGACGGCUAAACAGAGUGUGACAAAAUCAAGCGCGGGUGAUAUGUUUAGCGUGGCCCCAUCAUCUCCCUGUUUAACGAAGAACCACACUAGUGGGAGAGUUGAAUUGCGCCAACCGAGAAAGGCAGCAGCAGCAGCAGCAAAAGGCAAUGGGCACCAUAUUGAUCGGCAGCGGCUUUCUUGGUCCUGUAGCGAUACUCGUCACUUUGAGAGAACCUUUUCAAGUUAGGCUAACAGAAAUUGGGCACCGGAGUACGUCGGAAAGCUUUAUCGUGAUAUUAACGAGCAUGGUGAGGCUCCAGCGCCCUAAAACCAUUCUCAAGUUCGGUUAGUUUAAAAUUAAUGCUUGACUCUCCUUCCGAUCGAUCGAUGAGGCUGAGCUGGUGACACUAACACACAACGGUUUUGCUACUUUUUUACAUUACAUUUCAAUCAACCACGAUCGUUAGCAAAGAGACGAAUGAAGCUCCACGCUCAACGGCUCUGUAAUGCCGACAACGUUAUGUUCUCUUAUUUUGAUGUUGUUUCUUUUGAUGAUGUUCCCAGCUGCUUCCAUGUACAUAUUUAGUGAGGAUCGUUUUCUCGGCUAUAAAAAGCACACGGAAGAGAGAAGGAGUUGUAAAUCUAAGCCGAAGGUAACGCAAAAAACAGUAAGGAUUGUGACACCGGACAAAUAGAUUCGCGUGUUUGUGUGUGUGCGACAGAGAUUGGUUGGUUGUGACCUAAACCGUGUAAAUCCGAUGCGUGAGGAAGAAUGCUUGAGCGAGAAAGCGGUAGUUUGAUAGUGUUAUAUGUUUUACUUUUCCUUAUGUGUUAAUAUUUAGAUUAUUUCGAUUUUUGUUUCCCUCUUUUUCCCUAACCUUUUUCUUGUUGCUUCCCUUCUCCCUCAAUCUGUUAUUGCCACCGUUUGGUUUUCCUUCUUCAGCCGUCUCUGUUUCUCUUCUCAUCGGUCCGCUUAAUCCAUCAGGCAAACGAAUCAGGAUGUUGAUGAUAUUUUCAAUUUAAUUUAUUGAACGUACCAACGUUGUGCGCUUUUUGCAGCGUGGGUAAGAGAUCAUCGUAACGUGGGGCUAAACCUGCUCGUUCGAUCACCGAUCGCAUUAAUUACACGACGCUGUUGCUUUGAGCUGCCCCUUCAGAAUGGGGUUGAUCCGACGGUAAGACUUACGCACACCAACACUUGUUUGGACAAUUUUUCCCUCGGAAAUUCGACUGUCUGCUUCGGGUUUCGUUGUUGACUCGGUUAAUUCAUCGCAAAAAAGGAUAGUUUUUUGGCAUUAGUUAGCCGAAGGCUAGAAGAGCACCCAUCAAGCGUGUGCGUGCGCGCGCACCGUUGGUGCCCAACGAUCGGUCGGCGAUCGCGAGUGUUGUGAUAGACAGCGAAACGGUAAAGAAGAGCGAGAUAGGGCGCGGCGAUAGGCUGGCAAAAAAAAAAUUAUAAACUAAUGCAAAUCGAUGCGAUUAGUCGUCGGAUAUAAGCAAAUCCAACAAACAAACAAAAAAAACACUUACAAACGAAAUGCAAAUACACAUGGUAAUACAAAAACAAAAUUUAAAAUAAAGAGCAAUUUUCGAAUGAACUGA